CAGCUAUUAAGAAGCUUUGUGCUUCUCAUUUUUAAACCAGAGGCCGGUUUAGGGAAGCCUCUGAAAAGAGUGGGUGUUUGGAGCACAUGACACAUUUUUUGCAUUUUUUUUUUUUUUCUCUGUGGAACACAAAAGAUACAUUUUGCCCAUACCAUGAAAGCCAGUGGAGUUCAAAGUUGUUGGUAGUGUAUGGACCAAAAAUAUCUUUGUUCCUAGAAGAAAGAAAGUCAUACAGGUUUGGAACGACAUGAGGCGUCUGAAAGAUGGUGGACCGCUUGGCAAACAGUGAGGCCAACUCUAAGCGCAUCGGGUUCGUGGAAGCAUGCUUUGGCACAGCAGGUCAACCGCUGGCCAUCCCAGGUCGAGUGCUCAUCGGGGAGGGUGUUCUCACAAAGCUGUGCCGCAAAAAACCCAAAGCCCGGCAGUUCUUCCUCUUCAAUGACAUCCUGGUGUACGGCAACAUCGUCAUCCUGAAGAAGAAAUACAAUAAGCAGCACAUCAUCCCUCUGGAGAGCGUCACCAUAGACACUGUGGAGGAUGAGGGCGAACUGCGCAAUGGCUGGCUCAUUAAAACGCCCACCAAAUCCUUCGCCGUCUAUGCUGCAACAGCAACAGAGAAGUCCGAGUGGAUGAGCCACAUCAGCAAGUGUGUUUCGGACCUGCUGGAAAAAAGCGGAAAAUCUCCCACCGGCGAGCACGCAGCGGUCUGGGUGCCCGACUCGGAGGCGACCGUGUGCAUGCGCUGCCAGAAGAUGAAAUUCACCCCCGUCAACCGCCGCCACCACUGCCGGAAGUGCGGCUUUGUCGUGUGCGGCCCCUGUUCAGAGAAGAAGUUCCUGCUGCCCAGUCAGUCAUCCAAACCAGUGCGUGUGUGCGAGUUCUGUUACAAGCAGCUCUCCACGGGUGCCACCCUUCCGCCCCACUCGGACAGCCGGCAUGGCUCGGAGUUUUCCAGCAACAACAUGUCGGACGACGACGAUGAAGACGACAGCAGUGACUAAGGGUCACUUUUAGGAAUAUUGACAAUUUACAGAUCAUGUCUCGAUAUUUUAGUCUCUCUAAUUUUCAUUCAGGGUUUGCAAAGGUUCCUGUCGCAAUAACACUUACCCGAAACAAUUAAAGGCCCCGCACAUAUGAACAAAAGGUUUGAUGGGAAAUGUUCCUGCGUAUUCAUGAACACUACUUGCCUGCUCGCUCUACUUUCACAUUAAUUUCACUCUCAUAGACCAUUUUAACCUCCUUCAUAUAGAUUCAUUUCUUGGCGAUGGUGCUCUUUCAUCAACUUUAUUUGACCUUGUUUCCUUCCUUUUUGCUACCUUAUUCUUUCUGCUACUAUGCUGCUAUUCGCUGGAACAGAGAAUGUUGGGUAAUGUGAUUGCGGGCUGUUCCUAGGCAUACACUCCCUCAGGUGAAACUGUGUAGUGCAUUAUAACUAGGUUUUAAACAAGGAGCUGCAUUUAAUGCUUUGUACAACUAACCACUAACAAACCAUGAAAGUAUGUUCGGGUGAAGGUCUUCUGUUUCUCACUUCAGUCAGUGUCUAGUAAUUGCAAAUGACAAAUCAAAUAGAUGCUACUAAGCUUGUAAAUGUGUAUAUAGUACUGUGGUGUAGGAAGUCUAUUGCAUAAUUCAUCUGACAAGGUCGUCGCUGCCUCAGUGCCUUAUUUAUCCUCAGGAAGUAGAUCCUGGAAGCGUGAAAAUAUUUAGACUACAGUAUGACUUGGGUCGAUUCUUUUACUUUCAGACACCUGCCGCCUUUUGAUAUCACACCACAUGACAUAUCCUGUUUAGAGGCACACAGGGUACCAUUCAGUGACCAUAUGAGUGAAGUUAUGAUCAAAACUAGACCGACAGUUUCAGUUGAGUACAGUCCAAAUCAUUAUAUUAUCCAAAUAGCUUUUAGACCAAUGAUCCCAUUUGAAGCACGAUUCCAGUAUCUUGCAUCUGUACUCCACAUGUCCUGAACUACACUAGUGUCUUUCUACAGCCCUGACUUUAACUCUAUAGAAAUAUACACGUUAACAUGAAGCUCGCAGAAAUCGCACGUCACUAAGGCGAAGGACGCGCCAUCCAAGCCCUUUCUCAUUGGGGGUCUUUAUGUAUGCGAGGUCACAUGUCAGGCCAUGACAGUCAAUCCUACACAUUUUGAACGGGAAUCGAAAGCAUUAUGAGGAAGUGACAGCCACCCAGCCACCUUUUGUUUUUUUUUAAUGGCUGUUCAACACAAGAAAAACUGCACUAACAGCUUUCCAAAAUGGUGUUUUAUACAGAGAUAUAGCGGUGUUGGACUGUUUAGAGAGAUACAGUAGUAGUAUAUUUCAUCAACGAUCUGACAGGUUUACAGUUGUUUUUACUUUUACACAAGUCAAGCUGGUUCAAACGUCUUGAAGACUGUGUCUCAGUACUGAAUACUUGAUCUCCUGUGAAGAUGUUUUUUUUUUUUUUUUUGCUUGUGUCAGAAUAACAAAACUGACAUUGAAAAGGGAACCUAACUCUGGCUAAAGAGUCUGCUCCGACUGUCUAGUUCAUAUGCAAUGACAUACACUUUUUUUUUUUUUUUUUGCUUUUACACAUUUAUGUGAGACUUAUUUGAGAUUUAGAAAUAGGUUUACAGUGAUUGACUUAAGGUAAUCUAAUCUUGCUUUUGGAAUAUAACUGUAGAUUCCAGGAUAGUUAUAUAUUGCGUAAUAUUUGAUUUAAUGGAUUGUUUUAAUCAUUCCAAAUUUAACCUGAGUUGAUUUCUUUGUUUUAAUUUGACUUAUAUGUUGUAAUAUUCUGCUUCAGUUGAAAUAUUCUGAGAUGAUUAUGAUUUUGCAUGUUGUAAACUUUGUACAGUUUUUUUGAUAUAUAUUUACUCUUCGUUGGGUUUGCAGCUGUUUUUCUUCUGCAUAGCGUUUCCGUGUGGUUCAUGUGUGCAUUUCCUGAACACCUCUGGAUCAGCUACCAGCACUUUACUCUCUCUGCAAACCACAAGAGAGAGGUGGGGCCUGAGUGGGGAGGGGCUUGUGUAGGAUGUGGCCGGGGACUACACAUCUUCACAUAUCUGGCAAAGAUCUUAAUAAUUUGAGCAAAACAUCAGAGUAGAGGUUAAACAGGAUUGACAUUUACUUUCCAUUUGUUUCCUUUUGCAAUUUCUUGAACAUGUAAUUUAUAAUUGUCUGUUCUUGAAUGAACUUUGGGGAUAUUCUGUUUUCUUGUACAUUUUUGCCAUUUUUAAUUCUCAUGUAAAACUCUGAAAGGGCUGAAAACUGAAUGUAAUCCAUCAUAUCAUCAUUAUUAGAUACUAAUUUUGAGGAAAUAUACGCAUUGCUUAAA